GGUAAGCGUUAUGGUUAACUGGCAAGCACAAUACUGUACCGCUGGAAAUUUACUUAUGUGCAAUACUCUAACUGCUAUUGGUCACAUGAACGCUUUUAUUGCUAGCACAUACACAAUACUUGAGUCAAGUAUAGUACAUUACUUUCGCACAUCAGACGAGUCAAAAAGUUGGCAUACGCCUAGUUGGCUUAAUCUAAUGCAUACUCUGCAAAUGUCGUUAGAUAAAUUACAACUGAUGCCUAUUAUACGCAGACCAUGUCUGUUAACCUUACACACAUACAUUUUAUAUAAAUUAGAAAAAAUGGAAAGCUCUGGUGAACAGAUUACAUUUCUACAGGAUUUAGCUCAACUCAUACAAAAUAUUAAAACAAAUCCAGAUACUGAACCACAUUUGGCUAUUGUUUGGGGACUUAUUAUAUCACGUGGAUGUAAACUGCUAGCUGUUACUGAAGUAGCCAAAAAGCCAUUGCAAAUGUUAGGUAGUUAUUUAGCUUUGCUCUCGUCGCAAGCGGAAAGCUGGGGAGAAGGUUUACUAAAUGCUAUCGGAUUAAAAAAAGAUAUAAUAACAAAUCAGCGGAAAGUGCUAACUCGUUGUCUUGCUUGCAUUAUUUUUUCACUAUUUCCAACAACAAGUGGACCAUUGUAUACUCCUCAUCAACAAUACGCCAGCACACUCAACGAUUUAAGUAUGCUGUUGGCUAAUAAAAAAUACCAGAAUAUUAAGCCAUCCAUAGUCACAGCCGUAAAUAUCAUAAAGGACACUAAAAUACCAAAAACGCGUGAUGUGCCACAUUUAGUUUGUCUUUUAAUAAGUUUAUUCUAUCAGGAUAAUUUUCUAACUACUAUACCGGAAGUUUGGGAUUUUGACUUUAAAUGGCCUUAACUCUAAUUUUUAAUACAUAUUAUGAAAAAAAA